AUGUUGUCCAUCCCCGAACUAGCUACGCAGAUUACCGAAAAAACGUUAUCAUUAUUGAAUGAAGGCAAUUCUCAUACUCUUAUUAUUGUAGGGAGCCCGUCAGUGGGAAAAACGACUAUGUUAUACUCGUUUCUUGACAAAACUGAUCCUCCUCGAGAAACUUUAGUUUUAGAAUAUUCUUUUGGUAGAAAAACUAACCAGAAACAAGGACUCGAAAAAACAAUUUGCCAUAUUUGGGAGUAUGGUGGAAAACUUGAUAUUAUAAAGAAAAUAUUACCAUCCAUACCGUUAAAGGGAAAAUGUUACUACUGUUUAAUGAUCGAUAUAAGCAAGAUCAAAAAUGUAUGGAAUACUAUAGACACCUGCAUCACUGCUAUGAAUGAAACUUACACUGACUCGAGUUUACCUGAAUUAGUAAUAAUAUGUGGAAAAUAUGACCUCUUCAAGAAUUACGAUGCUGAAAUACGAAAAAUAAUAUGCAUUACUCUUAGGAGUGUAGCUCUCCUCCUGAAUGCUCAUUUAUUGUUUUAUUCAUCAAAAGAUGCACAACUAAUAAAAAGAACAAAAGAUUUACUACAUUAUUUGGGCUUUGGGAGCAAUAUAACAUCAAAAGACAAAAACAUAAAUUUUAUGAAGCCUUUGAACAUUCCAAAAGGCGUGGAUUCGUGGGAAAGUAUCGGUGUUCCACCAUCUACUUUUGAUCAGUAUACCGACGAAACCAUCCUUUUGGCAACAUCUAUGGAUGCCAUUAGUGAACUGUUCCAACCACUCGAGGCAGAAAGUAGCAACAUUCCUCUAAGAGUAAACAGAGCAAAAACUAAAAUGAUGGUAGUUGACCAAGCCGGAAAGCAAGCAAAUUGCUUUCAAAUCAGCUAUGAAUGCAGCUUGGUGAGAGUAGCGCUGGAUAGAAAUCAGUGGAAGAAGAUCGUCCGCUCCAGACGCAACUCAUUUCUGAGGAUCGUGGUCAUCGUCAUGGCUUACCACGACUCUCAGACAGACAGAGAGCGAUAA